CUUGACUUCUAACCAGCACACUAUAAACAACCAAAACAAUCAUAUGGCUGCGCUCUAUCGUAGUGUAAACUGAGGCGACACCACCUAAUUAAUAUAGACACCCCUCCACUCAAUCAAUCAUGGCGGACAAAGAUGGAAAGCAGUACAAAUACCGCCAGGAGAUCCAGCAGAUGAUGUACGUCUCUGGAGAGACUGGCGAACCUUCAGUCGAAACCACGGGCAUGAUCGAGGAGAUUGUGCGCCAGCAGGUCAUAGAGAUCCUGCGCAACUGCACCGAGCUGGCCGCCCGUCGCGGCUCGCGUACCAUCACCAUCAACGACCUCAUCUUUCAAAUCCGCGAGGACGCCGCCAAGGUGUCUCGACUGAGGACCUUUUUGUCGUGGAAGGACGUGCGCAAGAACGUUAAGGACUCGGACGACAAGGGUGCCGACGCCGACAUCGGCGCUGGUGAAGACCCCGUGGGAGGCGUAGUUGCCGGCCCCGUCGACGACGCCGCCAAGAAGAACAAAAAGUCCAAGGUUGGCCUGCCCUGGGAGCCCUCGUCCUUCUACAGCCAAGAGGUUCCAGAACGCGACGACGAGGAGGACGAGGAGGAGGAGGAGAUGAACCACAUCACUCUCCAGCGUCUGCGCAAGGCCGACGAGCGCACCAAGGUCAUGACGCGCGAGGAGUACGUCACGUGGUCCGAGUACCGACAAGCAUCUUUCACCUACCGCAAGGGAAAGCGAUUCAGAGAGUGGGCUGGCUUCGGAAUAGUCACGGACGGACGCCCAUCAGACGACAUUGUCGACAUACUUGGUUUCUUGACCUUUGAGAUGGUCCAGAUGCUGACCGAAGAGGCCCUCAAGCUCAAGGAGCAGGAAGACUUGUGGAAGGAGCGCACGGGAGGCGGCGAAAAAACGAGCAAGCAGCCCAAGAUCGCUGCUCACGGUCUCUUCCUGCCGCCGAGCGAGGGCCGGACCCCGGUCGAAGCCCGUCAUGUUCAAGAGGCUUUUAGGCGCAUGCAAGCCCGCCCCAAGAAGUCGCGUGCCAUGCUUAACGGUACCAGGCUGGCACAACAUACGGCUCUCAAGCUGUUCUAAACUAUGUUUACAUUCUUCUUCCUGUGAGACAGGUCUACUACUAUCUUUGUUGUUAAACCUGCACGCGGCGUUUCUUGAAUUCUGGUAUUGUUGAGCAUAUUAACGUGCGGCAAGGUGGGAUAUCUGUAGCCAAUAUUCAAUUUGGUGCCUCUUGACCUAGCCAUCGGGGACUGUCAGCAUUGCAGUUGGAAAGACUUCAUAUUACAUAGGUAUCCAAGAUACCCGACAGUUCGGUCACUAUUAGCGCCUACAAAUUCUUGGAACAAACCUGAAGUUUAUUCUACGGUUGCUCUCAUCACCCAAUAUUAAUGCAUUCUUUUUACAUCCGACAUGAUCCAUGGUCUAUUCUAGAACUUGGUUUCCUCAGUAAAACUCCUGCAAUGCAACCAACAUAUCAUAACACAUAAUCUUUGGGAUCUAGCCCAAGUCUCUUGGAGUAUUCUUCAAGCCUCGUCGACACGCGCACACCAUUCCAAGUCUCUAUUCCCUGGCUGUCGACUCCCAACGAGGGCAUGCCGAUCUGCUCAAUGGCAAAACUGGCAGCCACGCUCGCCCAUACCGCAGCAUCCUCAACGGCCUUGCCGCGACCAAGCGCAACCGUGAGCCCGCCCAGGAACGUAUUACCCCCUCCCGUAGGGUCGACGAUCCUACCCGCUGCAGCAUCCUCGGGCUGGAAAAAGGCGGGCAGCCAACGGUCUACUCCUGGAUCGAUCUCGGACUCGGCACCUUCGCCGUCGUCUUCCGUCUCAUCAUCGUCACGCGCUAUCCGCCCGUCAUCAUCUCGCAUCAUGCUGGAAAACAAGGCCUCAAAGUCGACACCGGCCUGCAAAUCCCGCCCAUGGACUUUGACAACCUUUGCACCACCGCCAUCGUCACCACCGCUCCCCUUCUUGCUCCCACCCCGCCUCCGCCGCGUCCCACCGCCGCUGCCGCGCGUGACAAAACACCCACUCGGCCCGGCCCGGACCACCAUGGCGACGCGGGCCAUGGGCAUGCUCUCCAUCAGCUGGACGCAGGAGCGCUCGACGGCUUCUGUAUCGACCUGGCCGUCGGCAGUCAAUCCUGCACCGGGACCCGAGUCGCCCAUGAGGGAGGCGAGCUCGGCGUGGUUGGGGCUGCAGACGUCGACGAGCGGCAGCGUCUUUGUGACCUCGAUCAGCUCGUCGACGGUGCACAGGUCCGGGACGGGCUCCCAGACGACGAGGGCGCGGCGGUAGGCGUCACCCAUGGCGGCGCGACGGAGCCUCCGCAGCGACUCGACCACCUCGCGGCAC